GCGCCGAAUACAACAGGUGUAGACUUGACCGUGAAAUGCUUGCUUAUGAGCCCUUCCCAACGAUGCAGUUACAUUAUUUUUUAUAAAAAUAGUAACACGAGGAAUAAAAUACACAAGAAUGAAGCUAUAACAGAGGGAACCAGAACAAUGUGCAGGGGUACAAUGUUUUAUUUUAUUUAUAUAACCUUUAUUUAACUAGGCAAGUCAGUUAAAGAACAAAUUCUUCUUUACAAUGAUGGCCAAACCCUCCCCUAACCCGGACUAAUUGUGCGCCGUCCUAUGGGACUCCGGAUCACAGCCAGUUGUGAUACACCCCGGGAUCAAAACCAGGUCUGUAGUGAUGCAGAACCCAUGUAUUUGAGGGAGAUAUGUGACAUUUGGACAAAAAACUGUGGACAAGACAAAGGAGCUUAUUGUGGACUACAGGAAAUGGAGGUGCGCACACGCCCCCAUUCAUAUCGACGGGUCUGUAGUGGAGUGGGUCGAGAACUUCAAGAUUCUCUGUGUCCACAUCACUAAGGACGUAUCAUAGUCCAAACACAGUUGUGAAGAGGUCACAACACCUCUUCCCCCUCAGGAGGAUGAAAAGAUUUGGCAUGGGCCCUCAGAUCCUCAAAAAGUUCUACAGCUGCACCAUUGAGAACAUAUUGACUGGCUGCAUCACCGCUUGGUAUGGCAUCUGCUCGGCAUCCAACCGCAAGGUGCUACAGAGGGUAGUGCAUAUGGCCCAGUACAUCCCUGGGGCCGAACCCUGCCAUCCAGGACCUCUAUACCAGGCGGUGUCACAGCCACCAAAGUCAUAGACUGUUUUCACUGCAACUGCAUGGCAAAUGGUACCCGAGCACCAAGUCUGGGACCAAAAGGAACAUGAACAGCUUCUAACAGUUAAUCAAAAUGGACAAUUUACAUUGGCCCCCUUUAUUAUUUAUUUAUCUUAAUUGUUUUGCACUGACUUCCUUGCACUGGCUCUAUGCACACUUGCUAGACUCUACCCACAUACUACACUGACACUCCCAACACACACACACACUACAUACCCUCACACACACAUUUUCACACUUCACAUACACUGCAGGUACUCUGUUUAUAUAGCUUGAUUGCUGAGUCACUUAUCUAUCCACAUGUACAUACUGUAUUACCUCCACUACCUCGUACCCCUUCACAUUGUCUCCGUACUGGUAGUCCUUGUAUAUAACCUCGUUAUUGUUUUACUCUUUCCUUUUUUAUUUAACAAAUAUAUGUAUUUUUAACUUUGCAUUGCUGGGAAAAGGGCUCAUAAGUAAACAUUUCACUGUGAAGUCUACACCUGUUGUAUUCAGCACAUGUAACCAAUACAAUUUUAUUUUAUUUGAGAUAUGUACAUAAAGGCAGGGUAAAGUGACAAGGCAUCAGAAUAGAUAAGAUUAAGAAUAAAGAACAGAGUAGCAGCAGCAUGUGAUGUGUGUGUUGUCGGUAUGCGUAUGUAGUGUGAAUGACUACCUUAUCUCUGUAUCCCAGUCGAGCAGUGAAUUUCAAACGCAGAUUCAACCACAAAGAGUAGUGAGGUUUUCAAAUGUCUUGCAAAGAAGGGCACCUAUUGGUAGAUGGGAAAAGAAAAGCAGACAUUGAAUAUCUUUUUGUGCAUGGUCAAGUUAUUAAUUACACUUUGGAUGGUGUAUCAAUACACCCAGUCACUACAAAGAUACAGGCAUCCUUCCUAACUCAGUUGCCGGAGAGGAAGGAAACCACUCACGGAUUUCCCCAUGAGGUUAAUUGUGACUUUAAAACAGUUAGAGUUUAAUGGCUGUGAUGGGAGAAAACAUUGUAGUUACUCCACAAUACUAACCUAAUUGACAGUGUGAAAAGAAAUAAGCAUGUACAGAAAAAAAAUAUUCCAAAACAUGCAUCCUGUUUGCAACAUGGCAAUAAAGUAAUACUGCAAAAAAAAAAGUGACAAAGCAAUUAACUUUUUGUCCUGAAUACAAAGUGUUAUGUUUGGGGCAAAUCCAAUAGAACACAUUACUGAGUACCACUCAAUAUGUUCAAGUAAAGUGGUGGCUGCAUCAUGUUAUGGGUAUGCUUAUAAUUGUAAGGACUGGGGAGUUAAGCACAGGCAAAAUCUGAGAGGAAAAUCUGGUUGUCUGCUUUCCACCAGACACUGGGAGAUGAAUAUACCUUUCAGCAGGAUAAUAACCUAAAACACUGGAGUUGCUUACUAAGAAGACAGUGAAUGUUACCGAGUGGCCAGUGUAACAGGGUUAGUUAUGUUUCCACAUGACACAGCAGAAAUAUGUAUUUGAUGUUAAGGUUUUCCUAUUGGUUGGUUGAAUUCACAAAUCAAUAAGGUGCUAUGCCAUUGGUCAUGCUUACAGAUAGGUGGAGAUGGCAAAGGUUAAUUCUUCCCAGUCUAUUGACAUGCAAGCGGUAGGUCACUUUCUGAAAUACUGUAUUCUAUUUUCAUAUUUACAAUGUGUACGAGUUCAUUAUGUACAUGUGUAACGGAUGUGAAAUGGCUAGCUAGUUAGCGGGUACACGCUAGUAGCAUUUCAAUCAGUUACGUCACUUGCUCUGAGACUUUAAGUAGGGUUGCCCCUUGCUUUGCAAGGGCCGCGGCCUUUGUGGAGCGAUGGGUAACGAUGCUUCGUGGGCGACCGUUGUUGAUGUGUGCAGAGGGUCCCUGGUUCGCGCCCGUGUCGGGGCGAGGGGACGGUUUAAAGUUAUACUGUUACACAUGUCCGUGUGUGUGUGUAUAUACAGUUGAAGUCACAAGUUUACAUACUUAGGUUGGAGUCAUUAAAACUCGUUUUUCAACCACUUCACAAAUUUCUUGUUAACAAACUAUACUUUUGGCAAGUCGGUUAGGACAUCUACUUUGUGCAUGACACAAGUAAUUUUUCCAACAAUGUUUACAGACAGAUUAUUUCACAUAUCAUUCACUGUAUCACAAUUCCAGUGGGUCAGAAGUUUACAUGCACUAAGUUGACUGUGCCUUAACAGCUUGGAAAAUUCCAGAAAAUUAUGGCAUGGCUUUAGAAGCUUCUGAUAGGCUAAUUGACAUAAUUUAUCAGAAGCUUCUAAAGCAUCUAGCCACAAAAUUAAGGAAAUUAGAAGGGGGUGGAGAAUGUCAGCAGACAAGAAAAUGGCCUUGCCGAAGUACCCCCCACCCCCUCUAAUUUCCUUAAUUUCGUCAGAGUCAAAUACUUUCUAUAGGACAAACUUCGUCAGGAUAGGCAACCGAAAUUAAUAAUUAAUGUAUGUGUGUUAUAUUAAACAGAGGGAGUAAAAUGUAGGCAAGCAAUAAACUUUUAAAGAACUACUCGUCGAAUAAGACAUGGGAGAGAUGACGGAUUUUGGCAAACAGAUUUAUUUAGAGACUAAUACAUUUGAAACAAAUAGCCAAACCGAAAACUGCAGACAUUACUAGUGCCUCCCCCGCGAUCAAACCGGCAUAAAACAUUUAAUGAAAUGCAGCGUAUUGCUUCUUUUUUUGUGAACUAAAUGUGCGAUUCACACUCCGACCUGUGAAAGGCAGUAAUACUUAACACAUCGUCUAGUUUGCCGGAAAACCACACAAAAAAGUAAACAGUGAUCAAUAACAUUUUCCAGGUUAGCGUUGUUGUUUGGGGAUUUAUUAACACCCUGGAACUCAAAAUAUGACUAAGUUACCUGCACAAUAUCACACACUUACCACAUGUAGUAUUUAAUUCGCAUUGGAGACAAGACGUUGCCAAUCAAUGUUAUUUGGGUAACGCUAGCUAGCUAGAUACUAACGUUAGCUAACUGUAUGGUUUUUCACACUCAAAUAGCCUCCAUCAUGGAGGUGCUAGCGAAUGCAGCCGUGGCAGAGAUCUGUAAACUCGUAGACGACGACUAUGCAGUUUUUCGUUUGGAAAUAACUCAAAGCCAGAAAGAAAACAGGGCAAUGCGGAGGAAACUGCAGCUACUGGAACUGAAAGUGUCACGGGAGCGCGGCCUCGCCAGUCGUCCCAGUAGUGUCAAGAUCCUCGACCGAUACAGAGGAAUGGCAAGAGGACAUCUCACAGGAGGCUACAGGAUCUCUGUGAACCCAGCGGGACACAAUACAUGGAGAGAUGACCAACCAAUCACUGUUGAUGAGGGGAGUGGAACCUCAACCCAGCACGUUAUCAUGAUAGAGUCUGCAGAUGCAGAGGCUGCAGGUCCUGGAGGAUUGUCUUUGGUCAAGCAUGAGAGUUCUGAAGGAGAGGAGGACCCACGGCACAGCAGAGACAUUCCUACUGGAGCAGCUGGCGCGCCCCCUGUAGCCAUGGAGGACCCCGCUACCCUCCCAGGGCAGCCCAGAACCCGAUGCAGAAUCACGGAGGAGGAGGAGGGUCCAGAGGUGCUGCUGGUGAAAGAGGGGUGUGAGGAGGGUCUGGGGAACCCUGAGGGGACCAUGGUCAUGGAGGACAACCAGACUACACCUCCUCCUGAACCCACAGAGGAACCAGCUGAGCAGCACAGGACCACACACAGUCUCACUGAGUCAGUAGACAUGGAGGAUGGGAAGCCUGACCUGCUGCUGGUCAAAGAGGAGACGAUAGAAGACGGACCAGAGAGCAUUGACCUGCUGAGUGGACUAAAGAUGGGGGAGCAAGGUGGUUGUCUCGAGGCUAACAGAGCAGACUGGGCGGCCAUCUUGGAUUCCCAGACCCAGACUGGUGCAGCUAAGAGCCCAGGGGACAACAUCACUGAGCAGGCCAGGACCAGAGGGAACAUAGUGGAGGUCAGUGGAUGGGACAGCAUCCCCAACUCUGGGCUGGGGAACAACACUGUUAACCACAACCAGAAACAGACAAUUGAACACAAAACAACAACUGAAUUUAGUCUCCAUGACAACAGACUGGCUGUGACCAGGGCGAGGCGUAGAUUUGGUCUGCGGGGACGAGGAGGUGUCCGUAUUUGUCUGGAGAGAACAGACACAGACUUGAGUAGCAUUGAUCCGUCCUGCUCCUAUAGUUGUGAUUCAGAGAGACUGAUGGUCCCUCUAACAGGUGCUGCCUUCAGCCUGCCUUCUAUAGGAUCUAUCAACUGCAACAUGGACACUGCAACAGCACAGACACUCCCUGGCCUUCAUCCUCCUCAUACUCUCCUCCUGUUAAACCAGACCUCAGACAAUGCCAGUGCCUCAACACUGAAUGGCUACACAAACCCAUUGACAAAUGACAUUAGUAGUAAUGCUAUCAGCAAAUACGGAGGCAAAGAGAAGCGCUUCCCAUGUUCAUUCUGUGGGAAAGCCUUCAGUUUCCCCAAGCAGGUGAAGAUCCACCAGAGGAUGCAUACUGGGGAGAAACCGUUUGUCUGCCCCCUAUGCCGGGCCAGUUUCUCCCACCCGUCCAACCUGAAGAGGCAUCAGAGGGUCCACACGGGUGAGAAACCCUACAGCUGCCCCCAGUGUGAGAAGAGGUUCUCCCACCAGCACCAUCUGAAGAUCCACACAGGAGAGAGGCCGUUCACCUGUACGCUACCUCAGGAUGCACCAGCAGAAAAUGCACACAGCCAUGUAUAGAUUGUAGAGAUAUGUAGUGUAGUACAAGUUAGUUUGUAGUUAAUUCUGUUGGUUUUAGAUGUAUAGAGAACUGGAUGAGGAUAACUGAGGAAAGAAAGAGUAUGAUGAGGCAGAGUAGAUGAUAUGGUGUUGGUUGGUGUGAUCGUGUCUGUAAAAAUGCUUCACUGAUAAAUUGAUAACCUUGUCUUUUGGUUUGAUGCUGUUUUUUUAUAAUGAGGAAAUUAUAGUGCCUUAAUUCAUGUUUACUUUACUACUUUAUGUAAAGAUAUGUGUAUUGUAAUGUUGAACCUUUUCCAAAGCGAGGGCACCAGAUUUACAGAAAUUUUAUUUUACUUGUCAUGUAUCGUUUGUGCAAUAAAAGUACUGAACUUCA